GAUGGAGUCGCGCUGAGAAAGAGGGUGAAAGGCACGGCGGGUCCUUCGUCAAGCUUCUGCAGCCCGGCGCCCCGGCUUUCACAAAGAGACGACAAGCAGUGUGUAUAUAACCGCUGCACCUACACCCUUUAAGUUCUCACUCAGUGCAACCCACCCUGCGUUGGAGGUGGGGAGUUGAGAUAGGAUCCGAGGCCCUGCACGUGUGGCGUUGGUCGAGUGGUGUGGCGCGGACCCCCGAACCUCCGCACCUGUUACCAAUUUGUUUACAGAGCGGGACAUCAUAGCAACCGGGGCACCACCUGGACGCAUCACCCUCCCGCCAACACCGUCGUUCCUCCGCACAGCGCAUUCAGCCAGCAGCAUGCCCGGCUAUCGCGACCGCGAGUCCAUUGUGCCUAUGGACUUUGAGUACGACAACCGCAUCGGCCCGGUAGAUUCGCAGUCGCCCUUCAUCGCGCACGCGGCCAAGAAGCGCACCCACUCCAUCUUCGACUCGCCGUCCAAGAGCUCCUUCGCGACGCCGAACCAUCCCAAGCUGAGCGACCCCAGCGGCCAGCGCUUCCUCUUCUCGCAAACGACCCAGAAGGCGCUUCCACAGACGCCCCAGAACAAGAACGUCUGGGAUCUGCGCACGCCGCAGAGCAUCGUCGAUAGCAGCGGCGGCGAGACUCCCAGCCACGACACGCCCGCGCACGACAGCGACUCGGCAACGCCAGACACGCAGCUGGCCCUCACCAUGGGCGACCUGACGCACGGCGACCGCAAGAGCCCCUCAAAGCGCUCCAGUUUCUUCAAGAGCCUGCCGUGGAACAAGAGCCCCUCCAAGGACAAGAGCGCGCGCGAGAAGCCCUACUCCAAGAAGGUGGAAAACCGCGUGCUGAAGCGCCGCCUCAAGUCGCGGACUCGCCAUGAGUACGAAUCAGAGACCGAGUCGCCCGCUAAGAACAUCCAGCAGGCAGCACCCGCAAUUGGCUUCGCAGCCAAGAUCCCCGGCGUCCUCGCCUGGGUCGAAGCCCAUCCGAACCUGCCCAACGUGCUCUCUUACUACAUGCAAUUCCUCGUAAACACAGCGCUAGGUUUCUUCUUCCUGUGGAUCGUAUACGUUGUCUACUCUGCUGUCAUGGCCGAUAUCGACAACGAGGCACACAACAAGGUGCGCGACAUCAUGCAUGAGAUCGCCGUCUGCUCCUCCGAGUACGAGCGCAAUGGCUGCGACAAGCCAGUGCCCGCCCUCGAAUCGCUGUGUCAGAACUGGAAGCGCUGCAAGGAGCGCGACGCAUACCAGGUUGCGCGCGCAAGCGUCGGUGCGCGCACCUUCGCUAUGAUCUUCAACAGCUUCGUGGAGGAGUUCAGCUACAAAUCUAUGCUUUUCACUGCCAUCAUUCUCUUUGGCUCCCUAAACCUUUCCAACUGGGCCUUCGGCUUCUGGCGCCAGAAAGCGCAACCACACCCCCAACACGAGUAUCCGCCCGUCCCCCAGACUCCCCAGCGAUAUCCCAGCGGUGGCUACAUGGUCGACAACAACGGCUGGCACACGCCUGCUCCUUACAUGACACCGUACGGGAACAUGGAGCAACGGCCCAUGUUGCAGCAUGCACAAAGCAUGCCCGCCGCACUUCCCAGCACAGGAGAGGAUACCCUAAGAAGUCCCAGCAAAAAGGCGGCCAGGCGGUAAUACCACACUCACUCUUGUUUCCUUAUUUUCUUGCUCCUUUGUUCUCUAUUUAUUGUAGGGAGGCAUCUUGGCGUUUGCGCGUUCGGCUUACACGGUACAUAGAUGCGAUGGAUGACAGAUUGCUUCCAGGGUCUGGCGCAAGGGGGGGGC